AUGAGUAAUGGCCUCUUGCUCAACGUCAUACCAAGUACCAACAACAGCAACAACAACAAUAAUGUAGAUGAUGAUGGUCAAGUGUUGAAAUGGAGGAUGUCUAUGUUAGAUGGCUUGGAGAGCGCUCUAAAGUCAUCACUCUUUGGGAACAACAACAACAACUCCCUCACAAACGAACUGAAGCUCACACUGUACAAUACAUUGAUGUCACUGGCUGAUGUCGUUGCGCCUGAUGUGCGCCAGACAAAGAUGAAGAAGUUAUUCUGGUCAAACUUCCGCAUGGCUCUCUCAAGCAGACGCCACAGACACGAUCAAUCAUCAGACCGACACAAGAAUGACGUCGCCACCAAUGCUGCAGACGACUUUAUCAAACAGGUGCUAGUAUAUCUCAGCGAACGAUUCCCAAAGGAGAUGGCUAGACUACUUGUGCGCAAUCGCUUCGAUCAAGACUGUCAGUGGAUCAUUGACUUCUUUCAAGCAAGUGAGCAGCGAGUCAAUCUCUGGUUCCAACACUUUCACUACGAUGGCAAGAACAAGUAUGGUGCAUUGGCAUUGGAGCGAUACAUGUUUGCUAAUCGUGACAAAGUAUGGCAUCGAUUGGUGUGGCGCAAAAGUCCCGUCCCUCCACCAGUGGCAGCACAAAAGCGAGAGAUGUUGCUUCAACUCGAUGUUCAGGCAACAAUGAAGAACUUCCUCAAUGAUCGUCGCUUCUGGCAAGAUUAUGGCAGGGAGGCAAUGAUGGAUGGCUCAUUCCUAGUGGUCGACGCGAUGUUCUUUGUCGAAGAUCUAUACGACCUGCUCUUGGAGGGCAGAGAUCGCUCAAUUGAAGAUCAGAUCGACGAUGCACUUGGUGUACUAUUCGAGAGCAGCGAUGUCCCAUUCACAGUUCUCAAGCUCAUGACAUCAAGCGACUUAUUGGAUUACUGUCAAGGACUCAUUCGACAACGAGCCAUUGACUCAUACACUCUAAAGCUUCCAUCUCGCAAUCUGGACAUGAGUACACAUUUGUUAAGCUGUCUGGUAAUAUCUUGCAAUUGGGAUUCAUUGGAACAUCUGUUGUUGUACAACUCAAUCACAUUGACCAAUAUCAACAAGUUAAUGAAUCGUCUGUUCAUGAAGCAGGAUGAUGAUGAUGAGGGAACAGUACAACACGGCGCAUUCGACAAGCUUGAGAAGUCAUGUAAUCAGUGGAUGGAUGAAUUGAACUCAUUGCUCAAGACAGAUACAGCAGAGUCAGAGUCACUUCUCAGACAAUCAUACUUGACAAUCAAGAACAACUCAGUAUCCAAUAGUACCAAAGCAUCCAUUCGAUUCAUCCUAUUGGAGUCAUUCCAAUACUAUUUCAUUCUAAAGAGGAUAAUACCUACAUUGUCUUUGGAUCAAUUGGAGACCUUCUUCAAGCAACACUCAAUACUAUAUAGCUCACACAAAUCGGAUGAUGAUGACAUAGAUACAUCAGUGGCAGCCACAUCAGAACUCGAUCUGGAAAUUAACCAACCGAUAAUAUCAGAUGAUGAGGAUCAGGAUGAUGACCAAUCAUUGUCAUCAAAGAAGAGAAAGAAGGAGAAAAGAAGAGCUAAGAAGCAAAAGAGGUUGAAAUACUUCAACCAAACUCAAGAGGUUGUUGCUCUGGAUGGAUUGGAAACAUCAUCAGGGUUCAACCCAAACAAUAUUCAGUGGAUGUUUCCAUCAUUGUCCACAACCAUACGCUUCAGUCCCAAUGACAUUCCACAUCUAGUAUAUCAGAUCAAACUACAGGAUAUGAUGCUGGACUGUUUGAAGACUGUUUCACCAACAAAGUUUACCAGGUUUGGUAACAGCGAGGUGAGGCGAGGGAUGGAUGGAAUGGUAUGA